AUGUUCCAUACCUUCGAAACCACCCAAUACACCACUUCUGAUCCUUUGGAUCCUAGUGCGUCGUCUGCUGCCAAGCGGAGGACGUCCACAGUCAGGGCCUGCGAGCCAUGCAGACGGCGAAAGAUCCGCUGCAAUGGUGAGCAUCCCUGCGAGACCUGUCAGUGGUAUCGUAAAGCCGCCUCCUGCCACUAUACUGAGCCCAGGCAGAGGCAGAUGCCUUCUCGACGCUCCGUCGAGAAGAUUUCUCAAACAUUGCAAGAAUACCGUGGCAUUCUGCAAAAGUUGUUCCCCAAUGUCCAUCCCGACCAGCUUAAAGAUAUGUCGCGCGACCGUCUGGUGGAGCUCAUCUCCCAUUCUGGUCAUCCACCAUCUCCCAGAACUCCCAGCGUCGAUGAGAAACCUCCCCCCGUCAACCCCGAUGCAGGCAGUUUGGAGCAACUUCAGCCCAUGCCCGAAGAAUUCAAUGACGCGAUGGAGUCCAGCUUCUCUGGACUCAAGUCUCUCCCCGACGAUGCCAAUGGACUUUCCAUGUCGGUUAAACGUAAUUCGUCCUAUCUGGGCAUAUCUUCUGUCCUGGCUGUUCUCCGCGUCAUCACCUGGCUCGAUCCUGAUUGUCUGGCAAAUGCUGCCUCUGCCGAUUCCACCACAGUCACCAGCCCUGAGUCCUCCAUCUUGCCUGACCUAAGUCAUGACAAGUCAGCCGUGCGGCUUGUCUCAUCUUCCCCAACGACUGCCAACGAAACACUCUACGUGGACGCAUAUUUCACCUUCAUUCACCCUUUUACUCCUGUCAUUGAAGAAUCUUGCUUUCGCGAUGAUUUUGCCAGCAGAUCAAGAACAGAUGCACGGUGGCAGCUCCUGAUGAACACCGUCUUGGCCAUGGGGAGCAUAGCCGCCAGCUCCUCGGAAGAUCUCACCCAUCAAAUCUACUUCGCCCGUGCCAAACAGUACAUUGAUAUGGACACAUUUGAUUCCGCGCACCUUGAAACUGUGCAGGCGCUUGCCAUUCUAUGCGGUUUCUAUCUCCAAUACAGCCAGUCUCCCAACCAGGCCAAUGCAAUCAUGGGAGCGACUUUCCGAAUGGCGACCAUGCUCGGCCUUCACCGUGACUAUACCGAAGGAGUUGGCCCCACCAAAGCACAGAAGGCGGCCUUCUCAAUUGAGAUGAGACGCAGGCUCUGGUGGUCGAUCUUUAUGCUCGACUCAUGGGUGGGCAAUACUCUCGGCAGACCCACCAUGGGCCGCUUGAGCCAUGCCAUUACCGCCAAACCUCCUCAGGAGCCAAUCGGGCAAUCGUCCGAAUUGCUACUCUUGGUUCAAGAAAAUGUUCGCCUUGCUGUAAUCAGCACUCGGAUGGAGGAGUGUCUAGCCGUAUCUCCUAUCCUUGAUGAGCCUGAUCGGCAUGCCUUGGACGCCAUGUACAUCGAGUGGUACAAACACUCCUCCAUGCAAGAAGAUUCUCCUUGCGCCAAGAUGUCAGAGUCUCCCGGCCUGACCGUUUUGAGAAACGUGACCAGAUGGAGAUAUCUCUCGAAUCGCAUCAUUCUGCAUAGACCCGUACUUCUCUGGUACGCCAUGAGAAAAACCAGCUGGGAAAAACUGGCGCCGGAGAAGAAAUCGGCGGUCAUACUUUGCAGGGAGCUUUGCGCCGACCUCAUUAAUGACAUCGCCGCCACCUGGCAAGGUCAAAAGCCAUGUCAAAUGUCUGGUUGGAAUGCCACGUGGCUCUUAUACCAGGCCACCAUGGUUCCUCUUCUGUCACUCUACUCUGAGCCUCUCAACACCGACCUGGUCCAGCGCAGUCUACAUCAAGUCGAAGUGGCUGCGGGAGUCAUGAGAGAGCUUCAAGCGUGGUCAACAACCGCGACGCGUUCGUUAGACGUCAUCAAUAGGCUUUACCUGGGCAGCAAGAAGCAUCUGCCGGCACAACUAGACAAGCACGAGCCUCAUGUUGCCGUGGGAAUGAGUACACCGACAUCAAUCACGGGCCAAAUGCCUCCUCCGGCUACUACAUCUGCCACCGCCACUCAGCCGACAUAUAUUGAUGUGUCAUUUGCCAAUGCGUAUGGGAACCGAGAGCCCAUGAACACUGCCAACCAGGAGGUCUUCAUGGACAACAUGUUUGACACCAUCAAAUGGAGCACCAGCUGGGACAGCCCAAUUGGGGGUCCUCAGUUGAUGAACGGCUGGGACUAUGCCUCGAUGCAGAAUUGGGCCUUUGCGCCGCAGCAGGAAGAAUAUUUCGACCCGAUUUUCACCGAAGAUUCAAGUCAUGUCCAGUAUAUGGAUAUGCCUCACGGACACAACGCGGCAGAUCUGAUGAAUUACAUGGACCAAAAGAAUAUUGCAUGAUGGAGAGCCGCGGUCUGAUUUAGCCGGACCCACAAUAUUCCAGAUGCCCCAGACUACGCAACUCUGGACCCGCAUCAACGACUGAGCUACUGCUCGACUCAACCCCUACCCAUACGAAGGAGACAGCAUUAUGGCCAGAGUGUCCAAAACGUUUGCUGGGAAAUGCACAAUGCCAGACGUUCCUCUCCUGAACACGGCAGUGAACACUCAGCCUCGGGAAGUGCCGUCUCUCGUUCGAGAGGUAUACCACAUUAGCCGAUGCACGCAAGUAUUCUCGGUCGCUCGGAAGCAGAAAAGACGCCAUGGUAUGAGUGGUCUUUGCUGUUUGAGGAUCAGCCAAACAUCGAG